AUGAGCGAUGAAAGCAAUUCCACCCGCGACCCAGGCGGUGAUGGCGGGCCCGGGCCCCAAAGCUACAGAGCUUCCAGCGACAAGCCUCAUCCCUCCGAGUUUCUCGAGUUCGUCACAGUCCACGGACAACCAGAUUCACAUCGUCUUGAACCUCUGAAGGCACAGAAGGAGCGGGACACUGCCAAAUAUCCUGCGGAGGACCGAGUACAUCCUACACGAUCCAAUGAUGAUCUGUUCCACGGUCUGUCCGCGGCCAUUCCUGGCCUGCGCAGGUUGUCCGUUGAUGCUCGGGCUGCCACAAAGGCCGAACAUGCCAUGACCUUCUUGAGGGGCUGUCGGUUGUAUCCCAAGGCUAUCGCAUGGUCGCUGCUCCUGAGUAUGACCAUUGUGAUGGAAGGCUAUGACUUGACACUGGUCAACUCUUUCUUCGCAUUUCCAGUCUUCAGGCGCUCUUAUGGCCAGCCCAUCAAUCCGCAUGCUCCGUCGAAUCAACGGGAUUUCCAGAUUUCCCCAGCAUGGCAAUCUGGCCUCACCAACGGAGCUGUCGCCGGGGAAAUUCUCGGGUUGAUGUUUAAUGGCCUUCUCACCGAGCGGUUUGGCUAUCACAAGACCAUGGUCGCCACGCUCAUUUGGAUGUCUCUGUUCGUGUUCCUUGCCUUCUUUGCUGUCGAUAUCAGGAUGCUCCUUGCAGCCCAGGUUCUCUGCGGGCUGCCCUGGGGCUGCUUCCAGACUCUUUCGACCACAUAUGCCGCAGAGGUAAUGCCGGUAGCUCUGCGUGCCUACCUCACAUCGAAUGUCAAUAUGUGCUGGCUUAUUGGUCAGAUAUGCGGCGUGGCGGUCAUCCGAGGCCUUGUCCAUAACAAUUCGGAAUGGUCGUAUCGCAUACCCUUCGGAUUACAAUGGGCGUUCGCUGUUCCCAUUCUGGCAGGCGUGCUCCUCGCGCCCGAGAGCCCGUGGUGGCUGGUGCGACAUGAGAAGAUCGACGAGGCCAAGAAAUCGCUGUUGCGACUGACGACCAGAGACUCGGACCCAGAUUUCAAUGCCGACGAAACCGUGGCGAUGAUGCAGCACACGAACGAAGUGGAAAAAUACCUGAACGGCGGCGGUGUGUCGUACCUGGACUGCUUCAAGGGCACCGACCUUCGACGCACCGAGAUCUGCUGCAUGGUGUGGUGUACUCAAGCCCUGUGUGGCAGCACGAUGACCGGUUACGCCGCAUACUUCUACGAACAGGCAGGCUUUGACACGGCCAACAGCUUCAAUCUCGCCGUCGGCAUGUACGGUGGCGCGAUCUGUGGGGGAAUUCUGGCCUGGGUUGGAAUGCGCAAGAUCGGCCGACGCACACUGUACGUGGGAGGGCUGGUCGCGUCGUUUAUCAUCCUGAUUGCGACCGGCAUUGUCGGCACCUUCAAAGAGACUGACAGGACAUCCUGGGCACUGGGGUCGUUGAUCAUCGUCUUGACAUUCGUGUACGACUUCACGGUGGGCCCGGUCUGCUAUGUCCUCGUGGCCGAGAUCCCCUCCAGUCGGCUCCGAGUGAAGACGGUGGUCAUCGCCCGCGUGGCCUACAACAUCGUCAGCAUCAUCACCAACGUCAUCACGCCGCGGAUGCUGAACCCCGCGGCGUGGGACUGGAAGGGCAAGUCGUGCUUCUUCUUCGCCGGCACGACGCUGCUGUGCUUGGUGUGGUGCUGGUUCCGCCUCCCGGAGCCGAUGGGCCUGACGUAUAUGGAAUUGGAUAUUUUGUUUGAGAAGAAGGCCAAGGCCAGCAAGUUCAAGGAGUUCCAGGUCAAUCUGGCCAGCACGGGAUACUUUUCUCUCACGCAGACCCGAUCGGACAGUGUGUGGAGAGGAUACCAAUAG